AUGGCACAGAAAGGACCAAUUACCACGUCAUUUACCCAGCUCAUGGGCAUCAAGCACCCCGUUGUGCUUGCGGGCAUGGCGCAUACUUCGGGCGGAGAACUCUCUGCUGCCGUUUCAAAUGCUGGCGGCCUGGGAGUCAUUGGCGGUUUGCAAUAUACGCCCGACCAGCUUCGAGAAAUUAUCGCGGAAAUGAAGGCAAAUUUUAAGCAGCCAGAUCUGCCUUUUGGCAUUGAUCUCGCGCUCCCUCAAAUUGGCGGAAACGCACGGAAAACGAAUCACGAUUAUACACACGGGAAGCUGGAAGAGCUGAUUGAUUUGACUAUUGAGAGCGGUGCAAAAUUGUUUGUUUGCGCCAUUGGUGUUCCACCAAAGCACAUCAUUGAAAAGCUUCACAAAAAUGGAAUCUACGUCAUGAACAUGGUCGGUCACCCAAAACACGCUGUCAAGGCCCUAGAUCUCGGUGUCGAUAUUGUUUGUGCGCAGGGAACCGAGGCAGGCGGUCAUACAGGAGAUAUAGCAAGCUCAGUUCUAAUACCUGCAGUCGUUGACGUUGCCAGACGAUAUAAGCCGCCGAUGCUUAAAGGAUCCUCAGCCUUGGUUCUCGCCGCUGGUGGCAUCUGUAAUGGCCGCGGCGUCGCAGCAGCUCUAAUGCAAGGUGCCUCUGCAGUUUGGGUCGGAACUCGUUUUGUGGCAUCUGUCGAGGCCAACAGUAGCAACGACCACAAGCAGGCCGUGGUGGAUUGCGAUUUCACCGAAACGGAGCGAACACUCGUCCUGUCCGGAAGGCCUCUACGAAUGAAGCCCAACGACUAUAUUAAGCGGUGGAACCGGAACCCUCAACAGAUUCAAGAUCUGUGCAACCGCGGCGUCGUGCCAGUCGAGUAUGAUCUGGAAAAUGGAGCUGAGGACAUUGAUGUGCCUCACUUCAUGGGUCAGGUGGCAGGCUCGAUCCGCCGUAUCCAACCGGCCGGUGAAAUCGUGCAGGAACUUGUUGACGAAGCCGUUGAGAUGCUGAGAAUGGGAGGAACAUAUCUGAAUGGUGGCAGUAAGCUAUAG